AUGCGAUAUAAUUCACCGACUACUCAUGGGACUUCUUAUGGCCUGCAGAACUGGCAGCCUAGCUCGGAACAGCCGAUUUUUCGGGAUAUGAACAGUGUUGGAGGCAAGACUAGACCUUCCAAUAUCAAACAAACAACAACUGGAGAUGAUGGCAAAAACAGACAGAUGAAUGAUCCCAAUAUUGAAGCUAACGUCUCGUUAAACCAGCUAUAUUGUGAUAUGAGCUCUGCGAUAGUGAAUCAGCCCCCUACGGAAGAUUUACAGCUGAUUCCUCAGCCCGUUCUUCUGCCUAAGCCAAGGAAAAAGCGUGCGCCACACCGCAGAACCAAGACUGGCUGUAGCACCUGUCGCCGUCGCAAAAAGAAAUGUGAUGAGCACAAGCCGUCAUGCAGUGCUUGUGUGCGAGGUGGUUAUAGAUGUGAAGGUUACCAGACGCCUAGAAAUGUACGAUUACCCAUAGCUCCGGUCAUGCCCAGACCAUCAAGACCGUUUGAACGGGACACAAGCGUCAAGUCUCGUGACCAGGAUAUUGCAGCCGACCAUACUGCCUCCUCUCAUCAAAAUCCAUUGUCCAUGCAUGCGAUUUCACCGCCUUCUCAUCCGACACUCCAAGACUGGACGAUUCCUUCUAUUCAUGAGCUCCUUCAAGAUACUCGCGUUGGGAACGAGCUUCCUCCCAUCUCGAACUGA